AUGGCUGAGAGGCACCGUCCCGGGCAGUUUGCGGGUGCAAAGGCCCUGCCUACCAGUCUUGUGCGCGACCACCGUGCCAAUCACUUGGUGUUUGGCCACCUCGGCCGGCUGACUUAUGUCUCUGCCAAUAAUCACGAUGACGGCCACGACGACGAUGUCGACGCCGAAGACAGAAAGGCAGCCGUUGGCAAGCUGCUCACGAACCGGUCUCCCGGAUUAGUGUACACAUUUCAAGAAGUCGCUCGCUUUCAGGAGUGGUACCCACCGACGGCGGUAGACGUCUCUAGUGUCCGUACAGCGCCGAAUUCGUAUCUGAACAAGCUUCUCGUAGAUGCCCCCGAGGCUCUGGAAGGGAUGGCAGGGCCGCUGUAUGCCGGUUUUCUCCAAGAGGCUCUGGAAUCUGAGCUAUAUCAGUCGCCUCGGACAAGACUGCCGCUUCUCUCGUAUGGCGAGAUCACAGACAUGAGCGGCCGCGAACCUGUCGCCCGCCCUGCACUGGCCAUGCCCACGGGCCAGUCGGGCAAUGCCCUGCGCAUCGUGCAGGCUCGGGCGGAGGACUGGGGCUGGAGCACCGACGGAAGCGCAACAAUGAAGCUGACCAACAUCGAUCCCGAGGACGAAGGCCACUGGUGCGACAACGCCCUGACGAUCAACCAGAUAAAGUUCACCACGGGCAGCACCGACUACGUCCACGGGACAAACAACAAUACAAAGCGGCCGCUGAGGUGGAUUCUCGUCCAGACAGCGGCCGAGACCAUCAUCUUCCAGCCGACGCUGCACGGCGUCCCCGUCCAGAAGAAGCAUUGUUCUUGCCAUGACGUCGUGCGCGGCCUGACGUACAUUACAGCGGACCCGUUUAUCCGCAUUGCGACUAGCAAGACUGGUGGCCGCGCCCACUGCGACGUGGCAUUCAACCCGGCCACCGAGACGAAUCCGCCGCAGAUUGCCAUUAUCGACGAGGGCGGACAGUGGACGAUCUGGAACAUUACGGGCAGCAGGCAUACACGCAAAACGGGUUUGCUGCCGUUUUUGCACACAAGGGGCACCGUUUCUCAUGAUCCUGCUGCAGGCCCGCCGGUCGUCACUCAAGAUCUUGGUCAUCUGCACAGAAUUCUUUGGCUGCCGAAAGUCGACGAGGAUGCGCCCCAGUCAAACACGCUCCUGGUCAACAAUGCAACGUCGGUCAGUACUACCGCCGUCGAAAAGCCGGACGGUGUCUUGCGCACGUGCAAUGCCGUGCACAGUAUCGGUGUGGAUAUUGUCCUCGAUGUCCAGGUGUCGCCGGUCAACACGGCCCAUGUUUUUGUUUUGACGACGACCAAUGUCUUUUGGCUCGACCUGUCGCCACUCCAAGCUGCACGAGCGUCGGGAGUCUCGUCAACGCCGUCAAAGUCGUCAAAAUCGCCAAAGCUGACGCAGCCUCUCCUCCUACUUUCCUGCCCCCACUUGCGAGGCCCUGACGAUAAAACGUUAAAGAUAUCUGUGGCCAAGGCCGAGUCGUAUCAGGGCAACGAUGUGGCUGUUGUACUGGUAUAUUCUAUGAAGCACCCCGAGGUAGCCGUUUUCUGGUUUCAGCAGUCCUCAGAUGGAGAGGAGUCGACAUUCCAGCAACAGGUCUUUCAGCUGGCCCGUCCACGCUUUGGUCCGCAUGGUGACAAGACGAAGUCCCGCCUUCGCGGCCAGCAGACGAUGGUUUUGCUCCCUAAAAUCGUCCAAAUACGCGGGACCAACCCGAAACACAUUGGACCGAUCGGAUGCGAAUACGCACAGAAGGGCGUGACUGUUUUGCAGAUACUGACACUGGGUGCCGACCUGAGUUUCUGGUCGUCUCUGUGUGUGAGCUCGUCGGGACCCAAGCCUGUGAGGCUGGCCCCUUUCCCUCCUGUCUUAAAAAGGAGACACUCGGAACGACAGGGCAAAACCGAAAAGAGGUGGAAGGCCGGCUCCAGAUAUCUUCGAAAAAGUUUUGUAGUCUCCGAUGGGAUUGAAGAGCACCUGCUCUGCACAGGUCCUUUGACCGGCCAGAACAGCCAGCGGGGACUGCCCGCAGGGAGCGCUUUUUACAUGGGCAACCGCUCUGGCCGACCCGUCGAGGUGUAUAACAUGGCUCGACUCUUCAAUCUCCUGAACAGACACAUGGACAAAGCUGCAAAGUCGGCUUACGAGGCGACCGACAUGGUCCGCGGGUUUCAGAAUCCAUCGCCGCUAGACAUUAUUCGGCAGAUUCUCGACAUUGCCACUGAGCAUGGAAGCUUUGCCUACACGACAUUGCUCAAUAUUUCCAACUACGACUACAUCCUAGAGUACGGGGCUGAUCUUACCGAUUACUCUUGGACGCGGCAGCUCGCAGAAGUCGAGAUUGGGCCGAUUGAAGAUAGCCGCGUGUCCAUUUCGAACCAGAUGCUAGAAGGAGAGGUCCGAAAUGGCGGCGCAUCGACCCUGUACGACACAAUGGCAGGGCUCUGUCUGAUUGACAAGGUGGGUGAUGGCCAGGGUCAUAACAGUGCCGAUGCACGCCGUCAGGGUCUUUUGGCCUUUGCGACUGUGCAGCUGUUCUUCUCGCAGAUCAGCAUGGUCGUUAUGCCACGCCAGAUGGCUAUGGGCGGAAGCGCGAGAACCACGCCAGGGGUUGAGGACGGCGGACUCAGCUCCGCUUCAACGCCUUACUCGGCCCACUUUCCCCGGUCCGACGCCGAGUCGCGCUUCCGCAACCACCUUUCGUCGUCGCCGGCGCUGUCGCAGCUGCGGGAACCACCAUCGUCUGCCCGCGGCGGAAUUCCAGCCUGGCUCCCGUCUUCGUCACAAGACGACGGUAAAGGCAGUGGCGGUGGCAGCGGCGGCGGUGUUGGUGGUAUCCUGCCAUCACUCGAGGGUGGCGACGAGGCCGAGGCGGACAGCAAUGGGCAAGUGUCGAUGGAGGAGGCGCAAGAAGAUCCUGUUGUGGCGCGCUUGCGUCAGUACGCCAAGUCCAUUCGGUCGGAGCCGACACGCAAAGAAGGCGAGCUGCGCUUGUUGUCGCACUGGCAGCUCGGCAGCGACCCAGAGCAGUUCCAGUGGGUGCCCUUGGGAGCGGCAGGUGAGGCCGAGGAAGAGUUGCGCCGCCGGGCGCAAGAGGCCCAGGAGCGGCGGCGCAGACGCAUGGAAAAACGGGCCAUACGGGACCGCGACCGGUUGCUGAUGUUAGGCGGCGGUCUGGGAGGAAGCAGCAUGUCGUCGCCCGCCGUGCCGCGCAUUCAGCCUAGCAGCCAGAUCUUGCCAAGCCAGAUUGUGUCGAGCCAGGUCAUUCCCGGCCAGAGCCAGAGCCAGAUGCACAACACCAUAAUGUCGAGCCAGGUGAUGCCGUCGUCGCAGCCUACCAUCCACAGAGGAGGACCGUUGAGUCAGCGGCCCAAGAAGAAGAAAAAGCCCAAAGUGGCACGCGGGUUCAAGUGA